AUGCUUAAGAAAUUAUUUGGCGAUAAUCAAAUUCCUAUUAAGGAACUGUCGAUAUGUGUACAAGUAGGCGAGCGAAGAUUUAAAUUUGUUGUAGAUGAUAUAGCUGAGUUUUUAACUUCGUUCAAUUGGUCCUGGUCUGAGGAAAUUGAAGAUAAAAACACUGAAUUUAUCAAGCCUCACACUUUGCCUGAUUGUUACGCCUUGGUAGUACGUUACAUUCCUUUAGAUAUUAAUCAAGAUACUGCCCGACAACAAAUCUUAAAGACAAUUCCUGUUGCAGCUGGUUUCUCGUCUAUUCGUUAUCAUCAUCGUGAACGACCAUCAUAUGAUAUUCGAUUUACUAUACGUAGCCUCGAACAAUACCAAAACGCACUGGAACUAGGUCGUCUAUCAAUUGGUCAACAUUAUCUACCUCUUACAACAUUUCUUACUGGUUAUCGACUAACAUACUGUACAGCAUGUUGA